AUGUCAAGCUCAAGCCUUACCGAGCUCACUACUCAAUCAGAGGAACUUGUUUAUGAACCCAUUUCAGAAAGUCCCGAAAUUGUGGCCGAUGUGGAUCUUUGCACAUCAGAGUCCAUCUGCUCGACUGACUCUCAAUCUGCGUUCAGAUUCGACGAUAGCUCUUCCUCACUGGAGGGCUCAGAAACAGAUGCCACCUCAACUCAUAGCGAUCACAAGGAAGUAGUUCCACUUCGAGCACAAUGCGAAGCAUCGAUGGCCACUACGCCCGACAGGCGCGUGUGGGCGCAUCGCAAGGAGGAUCUCAAGGAAUUCACGAGUGACGGAACGACGGAUUAUUGGUCGCCGAGUAUGGUUUUCGUGGGCCAAAAGUUAUCCACCUCAAGCGCUGGCUUCGAGGCCAGCGGCAUGUCUCUCUGCGUGCAAGUAUAUGGGAAAGAUUGGAAUGGCAGUCCUGAGGAAGAACCAAGUCCGCGAAAGCUGAAGGUAUGGCCAGCUAUCGCGCUGAAAGCAUGGAGCGCGGAUACAUGUCACGAGGAACUUGGUGGUGUGGUCGAUGACACGGUAGCCUUGCCUUUGAACGGGUUUAACGCCUCACCGACGGCCAUCCCCAAGCUCGAACAGCCCAUGCCAACUGAUCUGCUUCCCGAUACUCUUCGAGUUAUUGAUCCGAACGGUUUGUCCGGACGCAAGAGUGGACAACCUGCUGCAGAGGAAUACAUCCGAGUUUAUCCACGGCAAUUCCCAAAAGACACGAAGUUCACAGCCGAUCUGAGACUCAUCGCUCAUCGUUCUUCGACCAAGUUGGGAAACCACUCAGAAGUCUACCCGGCUGAGCUAACGCUAGAUGAGCGCUUCGAAAUACUCGAAUACGACGAAAACUCAACUCAACCGACAAGAAGUGGAAACCCUGCGACCGUCAGAGUGAUGGCUAAAGUCACGGAUGGCUCUUCAUCAGAUCGGAGCAUGUUGGAAAACGAGGCGGAAAUAUAUGCCCAAAUGCAGGAACACUCUCCUCAUUUGAGUGAGCACUGGUCUGGGUUUCAUGUCAUCAAGGAGGCGCGUCGAUGGGAAGAGACAGUCGGCAAGGAUGUUCGCGUCCCUGCUACAGCCGUUGUCCCGCAAUUCUACGGUUACUACAUUCCGACCGAUCGCAGCAGGUCCACAGCACGCCCUCUCAUUCUUCUCGAAGAUUGUGGUCAGCAAAUCGAUACGUCCCCUCAUCACAUGACGAAGGAUCAGCAGAUGACGUGCCAUACGCUUAUUCAUCGUCUAUGGGGACAAGGAGUAGCACAAGGUUCUAUUUAUGCGCGAAAUAUGCUCAUUCAGCCUGGCCCACUCACACAACCACCAUGGCUUCGCUCGUUUCAGAACCCCUCGUUUCGUAUCAUUGAUUUUGGUCGCGGGGAAUGGAUUCCGGAAGCACCAGACGCUGGUGUCAAGUUUGCAGAGCUAGCACUGUCGGGAGAGGAGCGACGCAUGCGUGAUAUGGAGCAAGCGGCGGCUGUCGACGCUGUGUAUGGAGGGUCAAGAAGACGUCGAUUUUAUGGUUUUAGGCUAACCCCAUAUUAUUAA